GUGUAAAAUAUUCUACAAAAAUAUAAAAAUACUAAGUAGUAGGCCUAUAGCCUACAUUGCUAUAUAUGUUGUGUUAUGAUAUACAAAUAUAUAAUUAUUUUGUUAAUGUAUGCUAAGGAUUCUAUGAAGUAGACCUGAGAUAGAAGGGAAAGUACAUUCAUUACACAAGGAACGAAAAGGUAAGGUGUGUUAUUUAUAACUGUGCUGAACCUAUUGGUCAAAUUUCAUCGUUUAGACACUUAGCUGUAAACAAUUAAAAUAUUUGCAGCCUUUAAAUAUCGUUGUCUUAGGUGUGUUUCAGAGCAGAAAUGUAGCGCCCCUCCAAUGUUUUUAGGCGUGAGAGAUUUUCUUUCGACGUCCGUGUUGUUGAUGAUAACCGGAAGUGCUUUACAUUUAGAUUUGCUAGCGCGGUAGCAUCGCGGUGAAAUGCACCAGAAGUUGGUUUGCUAUCCUCCAUAAAACGUUAUUAGAAGAAGAAGAAGCGCUUUUUAGGUGUGCAGCUGAUUGGUGAAGAUAUGGCAGACCCUUCCCUGAGCCGGGACUGCCCACUGGAUUGUAAGGUCUAUGUUGGCAAUUUGGGCAACAGUGGUAAUAAAACUGAGCUGGAGAGAGCAUUUGGCUAUUAUGGUCCCCUGAGGAGCGUAUGGGUGGCAAGAAAUCCCCCCGGCUUUGCUUUUGUGGAGUUUGAGGACCCCAGAGAUGCAGCCGAUGCUGUGAGGGAGCUUGACGGAAGAACACUGUGUGGUUGUCGAGUGCGAGUUGAAAUGUCUAGUGGUGAAAAACGGUCAAGGUAUCGAGGACCACCCCCUUCAUGGAAUCGCCGCCCACGUGAUGAUCAUAGAGGGCGCAGCCCACCCCCUAGACGCCGGUCUCCUAGGAGGCGGAGCUUUAGUCGAAGUCGGAGCAGGUCCCUUUCCAGAGAGAAGAGAAGAGAGAGGUCUUUGUCCCGCGAUAGAAACUAUAAACCUUCAAGGUCUUUCUCAAGAUCACGCAGUCGUUCACGUUCCAAUGGUCGGAAGUGAGAAAUGUUCCAGGCCAGCCUUGUCAGAGAAAUCAUGUCUGUGCGCUCCAACAGACUAGGAUGAUUGGAAACCAAUGAUUGUUUUUUUUUUUUUUUUAAAUGUAUCUUCUCCAUGGUGUUCUGAGUAUCCUUUUUUACUUAAGAUAUAUGUGCUUAAUGGGUAGCAAUGAUUUCAUCCUGCCUAAAUGCCUGAAUGUAAUUUUAUGCUGUUUGGGCAGUAAAAAAGUUCUGAUUAGAAUAACUCAUGUCGAACUUAGAUGGUCAAUUGAAACCGAUUUUGUAUGCUUUUUUGUUUGUACUUCCAUUAAAAGAAGUUCCUUAUGAA